CAGAGCUGCUUCUAGCAUUCUGUUGAGUAGAAGUAUCCCAGCAGAGAAAAUAACAGGCAAAAUAAGGACUGGAAAAGAAAGUCAGCUGAGGUUAUCGGUAUUUCUCGGAUGCUCCCAGAAUGCUGCUCCGCUCAGGUCAUAAAAAGCCAUAUGAAGUGUCUUGCCGUCGAAGGCAGUCUGUUAAGAAACAACCUAUGCUUAGGAAAAGGAAAACACUUCGUGGAAAAUCAGGCUUCUGUGCAAAACCUCGCUCUGGCUCCGACUUCCCAGUGGGCUCUAUUCCCUACUUGUUUAGUCUGCGACGAACAGUGAAAUGUUAUAUACUAACUGAAGAUUCAAAAACAGUGCAUUUUGACAUAGAUGAAGAUGGCCAUCACGAAAUAUCAAUCAAGGAUUCACAAUCCCGUGAAGACAUCGCGUGGUUGAGCGUGUUUACGAGGAAUGAAUCAGAAAUUACUGAUUCUAAAAAUUUGGUGAGCCUCACUCAGAGAUCAAAGCUUAAUGAAUUUGUCCUAUUGUGCAAGGGUAAGAAGCGCCUCUCUCUGAAGGUCGUAAAAGCAUCGUGUUCAGAGCCAGAUUGUCCUUCCAUGAAAAGAUGCAACAUGAAAACAUGCACCCAUGAAGAUCCUGACUUCAAACAGCUGAAUGAAGAUAAUAACUUUUUCAUCAUGCACUGCCAAGGAGAUUCAGUACAGUUCCAAUGCUAUGAAGAUAGACGUUACUAUCUGCAUGUGAAUGACGACUCACUUGAUAUUUGCAAGCUGGAAAACAAAGAACCCAACGAGGACAAAAAUUUUUACUUCAGGGUGUCAUAUUUAUAGGAAAAGUAACUUGUCUACCUUUCAGUGGCUUAAGUGCCCACACUCCUAAGAAGAGGAGGAAGUUUGAGAUCAACUAAUUUCUGUUUUGGCUGAAAUCUUACAUUUACGUAGUUUCUGAGUCACUGACAUCUUUUAUUUCCCUACUUUCAACAGCAAUAGAGAAAGGCUAAAUUUGAAAAACAUACCAACAGAUCAGUCUCUGUGUCUUACCUGAACAAUUAUCUUUUCAAGGAUAUGAAAUCUUCUGGAAUAGGAAAAAUACAUGGGGGAUAUUUCAAAGAUGGAAAAAGAAGGAACAUACGUGAAUAUGAACAUAAAAAGUGCAGUGAGUUCUCCCUGUGGUAAAUGUUUUACUUUUUUUAAAAUGUCUGUUAUAAGCUCUGAACUUGACAAGAAAACAUUUAGAAGUUAUUAAACACAUAUGUGCAUAUCCGGACUGACUUUGAGAAAGGAGUGGAAAAGGUGUCUCAGGUCUAACUGAGAAUGAGGGAAGAAGCUGAAAGUUAGAACAUCCCUCUGCACUUGUAUCUCCAAGUCAUUCCAUACACUCCAUUAUGCAAUUUCAGCAUCUAUCCACCUCUCUAAGAUGUAUACAGAGCAUCAGAUGCACAGUGUGCAGGUAGCUGGAAGGAGACACUGACAGGUGCCUGUGAACACUGGCAGAAAGUUGCUCUGACAUAUUGGCUUCCACCUCUGAAUCCUAGAGGAGAAAUGCAAUCAUGUUCAUCUACAAAGCAGAGUGCAGAACAACAUCUGAAAAAUAAUUAUGUUCAAAAUAACUGAAUUAAAUAAACACUAGGUGCUUAUGUGUGGUAUACUGGAGGAGCAGUAAGAGUACCUGUCUUUUAGCAACAGGAUCUGUUGGUGUGAAAUAGAAGAUGACAACACUUAAAUGUCCAUAGAUCAUACCCUACAGGGCUUAACACAUUUGAAAUACAAGAGAAAACAAACUAAAAGUGAUCCAGAUGAGUACGUGUUAAAGAUGUGGUUCUGCACUGCUGUAUAUGGAGUUCCACCAUGAUUUAGUAGCAAUUUUCUGUCAUGUAAGGAAUUUAGGAAUGUAUGUGCAAAAAUUAGAGACAUGAUGCAUCUAGCCAAGAAGCUGUUGCUUAGUUGCAGCAAAACAGACUGUAAGAUACACAACACUUGCAGGAAUUGCUCUGUGUAAAUAUCAUCAACAGUGCAUACCUGAAAUAGGAACCCUAAGGUCAGUCAGUCAGUCAGAGUCAGUCAAUCAGUCAGUCACACCAAUGAACAUUGCAGUAAGACAAUUAUCUAUUGUAGACCAAACUCCAAAGGUCUAUUAUAUCUUAAAAGCUUUCGUGGCUUGCUUAUUGUAUUCUUCAGAUAGUGAAAAUAAUUUUGUUCGUUUCAAUGCUGACUGAACAGAUUUUGAGUAUUCUCUAAAUAAUACUUAAAAAUUCUGGACCUGCCAAGAGCUCAAUAAGUAAGUGGGAAGAAAAAGAAGCCCCAAAACUCUAGGUACUGUUUUCAUCACACAUUACACUAGAAUGAAAUUAUUUUAGCACUACUUAUGAUGUUGCACAAGAAAUUGAUUAGAUUAUGCAACAGGUACAAUAAUUUCACUCUGUGAUACACAAACACUUCAUAGUCAUAUAUUUAUUACUGGCAAUGUGAUCAUCUCACUAAAUUACAAAAAUUUGCUCUCUAGAUGGCAAAUUGAUGAAAAGAUAAGUCAUCAUAAAACUCAUACAAAGCACACAAAUGAAAUCAGCGUUGCUGAUAUCACCACAAAAGUAAUGUUGACCUCAGUGAAUUUUGAAUCUAUUUUAUAAUUAAAUCUUAAAUUAUGGUUAUGUGCAGAAUUUUGUACUUUUACUGUCUGCCUUAGAAAUGAGAUUUUUUUUUUAACAAUUCAAGGGAAAAAAGCCCUUAUGGAAAACAGCAGCAAUAAUUUUGUAAAGUUUCACAGUUAAAAAAUAAGAUAGUAGUGUCAUUUGACAUAGAUAGUAAUGGCACCUGAUUAGAGAAAUAGAACAGGUGAGAACAGAAAGACACAGUAGAGAGAACAGAAAGACACACUAGGAAAAAAAAUAGCUAAAAAGUAUGAAAUGGAGAAGAACAAACAAAAAGUUUGAUAAUAAAGCUUAGAAAGAAUAGUGUGACUCUAUGCACAUUCCUUCAUCCUUCUAGAAAACUAAUGAGUAGAAGAGUUAACUACACUAUCCCUGGCUAAAAACCUGUAGUUCUCACAUAGCUGAGCAGAGGACCAUGUCUUGAAAUGUCCAUAUCAGUUCCAAAGCCUUUUUAUUACAGUACCAAUAAUUUCCCAAAUGAGUGCAAAUUGCAGUUCAAAGAAGUUAUAAUGGUUAUGUUUAAAAACAUUCUUUUAGCCCUAAGCUCACCUCUGGCUGCAUGGUAUUCUACAGUUGUACAGGGAGCUGCAAAUAAGGCUAAUUGAAGUGGUGCCCUAGGAUGUAUGGUAAAGUAACAAGUAUGUUGUCUAUCGACAACAGAAAUUUAAUUGAUUGCCAGUCAUUUGAAGCUUUAGCUCCUCAAUAAACAUCGUGUUAACUGUUUAAGUGGCAUAUCAAAUUACCUGUUUUUCCUAUA